AAGAGAGCAUGAGCCAUGGGAUGGGUGGAGAUGCUUUAAUAUGCUUUUCAAGAUUUGACAUUUGUCAUCUCUUUUUUCUUUUAUUUUAAUUUUCCUCUCUCUGUCUCUUUCAUUUUACCAAUGCAGUUUCUUCUAUUAAAUUUUUCACUUCUCCUUUUCUUCUUCAGUACCUUUUCUUUGGCUCCUUCAAUUCUCUAAAUACCCCAGAAUAUUGAUAUUGCAAGUAUAAAUAAAAGAUAAAAGAUAAAAGAAUAUAAAAGUUCUUUUCUUUUUUUCCCUUUUAGUGAAGUAAAAAAAGAAGUCUUUUUUGAAUCCUUAAUGACCACUUGAGCUGUCCACCAUUUAUUUCUUUUAAUUUCUUUUAAUGGUAAGCUAAGUCCAUAUCUUUUUUCUUUUGACAAAUCCAUAUCUUUGAUUUUCUUUCUCACUUGAUUUUUUUCUCUUUUUCAAUGUCUCAUCUCCCAGAUGUUAAAUGGUCCUUGCUUGAAACAACUAUAAAGAGAGGGAAAUAGAAGACUUAACUACAGUUGACAAAUUUAGGUAGUAGUCAUUCUUUCUCUUUUGGUUAAAGUUUCUACAUUUAUUUUCAUUUUUUAUUAUAAUUGUACCAAAUUAUUUGACAGAGAGAGGGAGGAGGAUGAGGGGGAGGGACUGAGCGGUAACUGGUGGGGAAACCAAAGGUCCAAAACUACAUGAGGUUGAGAAGGUUGCCUCAGAUCCAGGGAACUCUUUAAUUGAUAUUUGAAAGAAAAAAGUACUAUGUAGAGUUUUCCUGUGAUUCUUUUGGGGGGGGGGGGGAUAUCACCUUUCUUUGAGUUCUUUCUCAUGACCCUUUUUAUUUUUUUUCCUCUCUCUCUCUCCUAGUCUUUCUUUUUGUGUUUGAGGAUAAGGGUUUGGUUUUAAUUUUGAUGUAUUUGUGGUUCUCUUAAAGUUUCUUUUAUUUUUUUUUUUAAAUUAUUAUAAAUAUAUGGUUUAUGUGGACUUUGGAUAUUAAGUUGUUUUUCUGGUUCUUUCUGUGUUUAGUUGAUGAAGGGAGAUAAAGAUUAAAGAAAGCUCCAGAGAAGAAAAAGUUGGAAAAAAAGCAUAAUCAAAGUCUAAAGUUACUAUUUUUGGGUAAUAAUUUCCACAAAUGGAAGUUUGGAUCCACUUGCAGUUGACCAGAUCUGACUAACCCAUAUCCCUUUCAUUACCGUUUUUGCUCGCCAACAAGUUGCAACACCUGAACUUGUAUCCUUCUUUUUUGGACACCUUUUAGUUGAUGAAGGCAUGGGAAAUGGCCUCUUAAAACCCACCAUUCACAUUCCGUUGUUGUUCUUUAUUUCAUCAGAAGGUCAUAGUUUCGUUGAAAAAUGACAGGUUGUGUGAUGUUUGAAGGGUUGGAGGGUAACUUUUUGUACUGCCAAUAUAGGGAUUUUGAUGGAGGAGAUGUCUUUGACGGUCGCAGUGCCAUUUAGAUUUGGUAACUCAGUGUGUGAAAACUCUACCUUUGCUACCCGUAUGGACAUUACAAGACUUAAGCUUACGGCAAGUCCUGCUCCUGUUUUAACUGAUUCUGAAACCAAGGCUACUAACCAUUUAGAUACUGCUGGAGAUGUGGAUUGUAACUAUGCUGGUAUGGAGACUGAAGAAAGUAGUGUAGAGCUGCCACUGACAGGAGAAAUCAAGGGAGAAAGAGCUACUGCCUCCAUGGAUAUGAUAUCUGACAGUAAAGAUGGUUGGAUUUCUAGUAAUGACGUUAUGGACCGAGACAGCGGGGAGGAGGAUUCUUUCUCACUGGAAGGUGAUCGGGUUUUCGAUCUUGAUAGCUCUUGUUCAUUAUCGGUUGCCAGUGAAACUAGUAGCCUUUGCGGAGAGGAUUUUUUGGGUUUUGAUGCUACUUCUGAGGUAGGAACACCAAGUACCAUGGACAAUGAGAAAAGCAUUUGCAGUGUUGAUAUUAUUGCAAAAGCCACCAAGUUUGUGGAAUCAAAUGUUGAAACAGUAUUUGCAAGUGAUCCCCUUGCUGUGGCAGUAAAUCUUGAGGAAGAGAUUGGAGAUGGGUCUGAACAGAAGCCAUCUGCAGUGGUUCUUCAAUUGGCUCUUGAAAAGGAACCGAAUACAACAGCUCCGGUUGGACGCAGUGUGUUUGAGGUUGAAUAUGUGCCUCUUUGGGGAGUUACCUCUAUAUGCGGAAGGAGACCUGAGAUGGAGGAUGCCGUUGCUACUGUGCCUCGGUUUUUAAAGGUUCCAAUUCAGUUCUUAAUUGGUGAUCGGGUAGUUGAUGGCCUUAGCAAGGACUUUGUUCAUCAGACCGCUCAUUUCUUUGGUGUCUAUGAUGGUCAUGGAGGUUCACAGGUUGCAAACUACUGUCGUGGGCGUAUUCACUCUGCCUUGGCUGAGGAAAUAGAGUCCAUUAAGGAAUGCCAGAGUAAUGCAAACAUGACAGAUGGUUGCCAAGAGCUAUGGAAAAAGGCAUUCACAAAUUGUUUUGUUAAAGUUGAUGCUGAGAUUGUGGGAAAAGCUGAUCAGGAACCUGUUGCUCCUGAAACAGUUGGUUCCACUGCUGUUGUUGCCCUUAUUUGUUCAUCUCAUAUUGUUGUAGCAAACUGUGGAGACUCAAGAGCUGUUCUUUGUCGUGGGAAACAGCCCAUGGCUUUGUCUGUGGACCAUAAACCAAAUCGAGAAGAUGAAUAUGAAAGGAUUGAAGCCGCUGGAGGCAAGGUUAUCCAAUGGAAUGGUCAUAGAGUUUUUGGUGUUCUUGCAAUGUCAAGGUCCAUUGGUGAUAGAUAUUUGAAGCCGUGGAUCAUUCCGGAUCCAGAAGUAGUGUUUGUUCCUAGAGCGAAAGAAGAUGAAUGCCUCAUUUUGGCCAGUGAUGGUCUAUGGGAUGUAAUGUCAAAUGAAGAAGCAUGUGACCUAGCUCGGAGACGAAUACUUCAAUGGCACAAAAAGAACGGUACUACACUGACUCCUGAAAGGGGCGAGACGAUCGAUCCAGCUUCUCAAUCUGCAGCAGAAUACCUUUCAAACCGAGCACUUCAAAAAGGAAGCAAGGACAACAUCACAGUAAUUGUGGUGGAUCUCAAAGCUCAAAGGAAGUUCAAGAGUAAGACCUGAUGAUCUUUGAACCAUCGUGUGGUCUUCAAUCUUGUUAUAUGGCAUAUUCUUAUAUGCUUCGAUAUAGUUUUUCCCAUUUGUUUCUCAAGGGAGAGGAGGCUUUUGUAUUACAGUAUCAGUCUCUUAUGUAGUACAGAACAUGCACCAUUCUAGCACCUCUCCAUUGUUUCAAGAGUCUUGAUGCAAACCAUGCGAGGUUCUGGCUAUUGUAUUGUAAAUCUUAGCUGUGCCGUAGGAAAAUAGGAGAUUAUGUCAAUUCCAUGCCUACUGACAUUGUGGGAAAUUUGUAUUCAUUGAGCCUCCGAGUUAAAAAGAAAUCACUCAGAGAGGUAUUUGUUUGUAUUAUUUCAACCUAUGGUGCUUAUAAAAAGUUUGUCAAAUUUGGAAGA